AUGAAUGACUUGAUGCACACGGAAGACUUGGUGGCCGGGGAUCUGGAGAGGACAGACUACUUUCUGCGGGAAAUCCGGGGGACAUUGGAAUUGAAGGAAAAGUUGGAUUUCCUGGGCUUAAGGUGCUGCAACUUCCCCAUUAAGAUGCAGGCCAUCCCUGCUAUAGAGCCGGAGAAAAGGGUAAUGAUGGCCCACAAGGAGCAAAAGGUGGGGAUCCUGGGAGGAGUUGGGAAGAGUCCUCGGAACUGUAAGGAUUUGAUGGAUUUAGGGUUAACCCUCACAGGGUGGUAUUACAUAUAUCCAGAUGGAAGUCCGCUGAGAGUCAUGUGUGAUAUGGAAACAGAUGGUGGGGGAUGGAUUAUUUUCCAAAGACGCUGGGAUGGCUCCGUUGAUUUUUACCGUGGCUGGCAAAGCUAUAAGGAAGGAUUUGGGAAUCAGUGGAGCGAAUUCUGGUUGGGAAAUGAAAAUAUUCAUGCCUUGACUGCCAAAGGUGAUUUCGAACUCCGUGUAGAUAUUGGAGAUUUUGACAACAAUAACACAUAUGCCAUCUAUGAAGGAUUCUCGCUCGGAGGGGAGUCAGAGCAAUACACUCUCCAUUUGAACAAGUACACUGGGGGUACCGCAGGUGAUUCGCUCUCUUACCACAAGAACCAAAGGUUUUCUACCAAGGAUAAGGACAGUGGAGGCAGCAACAAGGCCAAUUGUGCUGUUCUUUAUACUGCCCCCUGGUGGCACAAAGCCUGCUUUGAUGCCUCUCUGAAUGGGCUUUAUCUUCGAGGGGAGCACAAGGAAAAAGGGGGGAUUGCCUGGUCCAAAUUCAGAGGAGUCCAGUACUCACUCAAGUUCUCAGAGAUGAAGUUUCGCCCAUUGGAAUCAGAAGAGUGA